AUGCCAGAAGGGAAGGGGAUGGGGGGAAGCAGGGAAGGGGAUGGGGGGAAGCAGGGAGAGGGAUGGGAGGAAGCAGGGAAGGGGAUGGGGAGAAGCAGGGAAGGGGAUGGGGAGAAGCAGGGAAGGGGAUGGGAGGAAGCAGGGAAGGGGAUGGGGAGAAGCAGGGAAGGGGAUGGGGGGAAGCAGGGAAGGGGAUGGGGGGAAGCAGGGAAGGGGAUGGGGGGAAGCAGGGAAGGGGAUGGGGAGAAGCAGGGAAGGGGAUGGGGAGAAGCAGGGAAGGGGAUGGGGGGAAGCAGGGAAGGGGAUGGGGGGAAGCAGGGAAGGGGAUGGGGAGAAGCAGGGAAGGGGAUGGGGAGAAGCAGGGAAGGGGAUGGGGAGAAGCAGGGAAGGGGAUGGAGGGAAGCAGGGAAGGGGAUGGGGGGAAGCAGGGAGCGGGAUGGGGGGAAGCAGGGAGCGGGAUGGGGGGAAGCAGGGAGCGGGAUGGGGGGAAGCAGGGAAGGGGAUGGGGGGAAGCAGGGAAGGGGAUGGGGGGAAGCAGGGAAGGGGAUGGGGGGAAGCAGGGAAGGGGAUGGGGGGAAGCAGGGAAGGGGAUGGGGGGAAGCAGGGAAGGGGAUGGGGGGAAGCAGGGAAGGGGAUGGGGGGAAGCAGGGAAGGGGAUGGGGAGAAGCAGGGAAGGGGAUGGGGAGAAGCAGGGAAGGGGAUGGGGAGAAGCAGGGAAGGGGAUGGGGGGAAGCAGGGAAGGGGAUGGGGGGAAGCAGGGAAGGGGAUGGGGAGAAGCAGGGAAGGGGAUGGGGAGAAGCAGGGAAGGGGAUGGGGAGAAGCAGGGAAGGGGAUGGAGGGAAGCAGGGAAGGGGAUGGGGGGAAGCAGGGAAGGGGAUGGGGGGAAGCAGGGAGCGGGAUGGGGGGAAGCAGGGAGCGGGAUGGGGGGAAGCAGGGAAGGGGAUGGGGGGAAGCAGGGAAGGGGAUGGGGGGAAGCAGGGAGCGGGAUGGGGGGAAGCAGGGAAGGGGAUGGGGGGAAGCAGGGAAGGGGAUGGGGGGAAGCAGGGAAGGGGAUGGGGGGAAGCAGGGAAGGGGAUGGGGGGAAGCAGGGAAGGGGAUGGGGAGAAGCAGGGAAGGGGAUGGGGGGAAGCAGGGAAGGGGAUGAAGGGAAGCAGGGAAGGGGAUGGGGGGAAGCAGGGAAGGGGAUGGGGGGAAGCAGGGAAGGGGAUGGGGGGAAGCAGGGAAGGGGAUGGGGGGAAGCAGGGAAGGGGAUGGGGAGAAGCAGGGAAGGGGAUGGGGGGAAGCAGGGAAGGGGAUGGGGAGAAGCAGGGAUGGGGAGAAGCAGGGAAGGGGAUGGGGGGAAGCAGGUGA